CGCGAACCGGGAAAUGGAAGCGGACUGACUCCUCUCGCUUCCCGUAGCCGCCCACGCAUCCCGGGAUCCCGGACGACGCGCGGCGGCGGAGAAACAGCCGGGUGCGUGGAGCGGCGGCCACGCCAAUCCCGCGGACAGGUGCCUCCGAUUCAAUCUGAGAAGUCUUAAAACCUUCGAUCAUACGUAGAAUAGAGACCUCAAUCAACGAUAAGGUGGAAAAGAAUGAUGUUGUCCCUAAACAACCUGCAGAAUGUCAUCUAUAACCCGGUAAUCCCCUAUGUCGGGACGAUUCCUGAGCAGUUGGAGCCUGGAACUUUGAUUGUGAUACGUGGGCAUGUUCCUUGUGAUUCGGACAGGUUCCAGGUGGAUCUGCAGUGCGGCAGCAGCGUGAAGCCCCGCGCCGACGUGGCCUUUCAUUUCAAUCCCCGCUUCAAGUGGUCCGACUGCAUCGUCUGCAAUACUCUGAAAAAUGAAAAAUGGGGAUGGGAGGAGAUCACCUAUGACACGCCUUUCAAGAAAGAAAAAUCUUUUGAAAUUGUGAUUAUGGUGUUGAAAGACAAAUUCCAGGUGGCGGUAAAUGGGAAACAUAUCCUGCUCUAUGCCCACAGGAUUAGCCCGGAGAAGAUAGACACUCUGGGCAUUUAUGGCAAAGUGAAUAUUCACUCAGUUGGUUUUAGCUUCAGCUCGGAUUUAAGAAGUACCCAGACGUCUACUCUGGAACUGACAGAGAUAAGUAAAGAAAAUGUACAAAAGUCUGGCACAUCACAGUUUCCUAGUAAUAGAGGAGACAUUUCUAAAAUCGUACCCAGAACUGUCUACACCAAGAGCAAAGGUUCGACUGCCAAUCACAGUUUGACUUGCGCCAAAAUACUACCUACCAACUGUUUGUCAAAGACUCUGCCAUUCGUUGCGAGGUUGAACUCCUCGAUGGGCCCUGGACGAACUGUCGUCAUUAAAGGAGAAGUGAAUACAAAUGCCAAAGGCUUUAAUGUUGACCUAAUAUCAGGAAAGUCCAAGGAUAUUGCUCUCCACUUGAACCCACGCCUGAAUAUUAAAGCAUUUGUAAGAAAUUCUUUUCUUCACGAGUCCUGGGGAGAAGAAGAGAGAAAUAUUACCUGUUUCCCAUUUAGUCCCGGGAUGUACUUUGAGAUGAUAAUUUAUUGUGACGUUAGAGAAUUCAAGGUUGCCGUAAAUGGUGUACACAGCCUGGAGUACAAACACAGAUUUAAAGAGCUUAGCAAUAUUGACACGCUGGAAAUUGAUGGAGAUAUUCACUUACUGGAAGUCAGAAGCUGGUAGCCGACAUGCUUGCUACAAAAACUGAAAUACAAAAUGGCUUAUGUGA